AUGUUCAAACACGCUUUCCGCCAGUUCGUCUUCACCGCCGCUGUGCUUGCAGCCGUGUCGGCUAUCCCGACUGGAGAACUGGAGGAGCGUUCAAGUUGCACGAUUUCGUCUGUAUCGACCGCUUCAUCCAUCUCGAGUUGCUCUUCGGUUACCAUCUCUGCCUUCUCUGUUCCUAGCGGAAGCACAUUGUCGCUUUCUCCCAAAUCAGGCGCGACCAUCACCAUGGCUGGCGACAUAACCUUCGCCAAGACUUCUAGCGAUGGACCAUUGUUCACCAUCGACGGCGACGACAUCACAUUCAAUGGCGCAGGAUACUCAUUCGACGGAAAUGGUGCCGACUACUGGGAUGGAGAAGGCACAGACGGCGGUGUCGACAAGCCUCACCCGCUCUUGAAGCACGGCUCCGGCACCUACUCUGACUUCACGGUCUUGAACAGUCCCGCUCAGGCCAUCUCUAUCGGUAACAGUGACGGCCUCGUCUUCGACAGCAUCACGGUCGACAAUAGCGAUGGAGAUACCGAUGAUCUCGGUGCCAACACCGAUGGUUUCGACGUUUCCGCGGACGACGUGACUAUUAAGAACUCUGUCGUGAAGAACCAGGAUGACUGCCUCGCUAUCAAUGAUGGAUCUAGCAUCGUUUUCGAGGACAACACCUGUUCUGGCGGCCAUGGCAUUUCAAUCGGUUCCAUCUCCAGUGACAAUUCUGUAUCAGACGUGACGAUCUCUGGGAACACCGUUAAGGACUCGAUGUACGGAUUGAGAAUCAAGGUCAAAGCUUCAGCCACUGAUGCGUCUGUGUCUGACAUCACGUACUCUGGAAAUACCAUCACCGGCAUCGACAAAUACGGUGUCUUGAUCACCCAGUCAUACCCCGACGAUGACGGUACCCCCGGAACUGGUGGCCCCAUUUCGGAUAUCAACUUCACUGGAAGCACCACCACCAUCACGGUUGGAGACGAUGCCAAGCGUCUGACGAUCGAUUGCGGAGCCUGCUCUGGAACAUGGGACUUCUCCAAAUUGAAGAUCACGGGCGGCUCAGAGGGUACGGUUGACAGCGACGAUGCUACUGUAUGUAUCCGUUCUUUCUUGGUUUUGAUUGUCUCCUGA